AUGCCACCGACACGCAGAUCCCGCACCUCCAGCGGCCCCGCCGCCGCCGCCGCCGCCGCGAAAGGCUCCUCCCAAAAGACCCUCUCCUUCGGCGCCAAAGUCUCGAAACCGACGACUCCCCACGGCAAAGCCCUCCUCGGCGCCACCGCCCCCACCGCCUCCGACUCCAAACCCUCCCCCCUCAGCAAGACCGUCUCGAUCCCGCUCGCCACACCCCCCUCCACCGCCAUCUCGCAAGCUCCCCCUACCGACAUCGCCACCGAACCCGGCCACGCCGCCGCCGCACGGCAGCAAGGCCUCGAAGGCCAGAGCGCGGAGGAGCAGCGGGCGGCGAAGGUGACAGAUGCGCAGAUCAAGCGGUACUGGCGCCAGCGGGAGAGCGAGCGGGUGACGAGGAGGGUGCACCAGGAGGCGCUCGGGGUCGAGGAGAAGAUACUGCGGCUGUGGGAUGUGAGUUCGCAGUUUGGGCCGGCGAUUGGCAUGGCGCGCAUGAAGCGUUGGGUUCGUGCAAAUAAGCUCGGCCUGAAUCCGCCGAUUGAGGUGCUUGCUGUGCUGUUGAGGGAGGAGGGGAAAGGGAAUAAGGAUAUUGAGAGGGCGCAUGUGGAUGAGCUGAUGAGCUCCAAGUUCGUGGUUGGGGACGUUGCGUAG